AGUGGAGCAUCGCUACCGAACUCUAGUCAUGCCAUCCUACUCAGUGACAGUGGCGACGGGAAAUCAGUGGUUCGCAGGCACCGAUGACUAUAUCUACCUUACCCUGGUGGGCUCAGCCGGCACGAGCGAGAGACACCUGCUUGACAAGCCCUUCUAUAACGACUUCGAGCGGGGUGCUAUUGAUACUUAUGAUGUUACAGUGACAGAGGACUUGGGGGAGAUCCAGCUGAUAAAAAUUGAAAAGCGGAAGUACUGGUUUCCUGAUGACUGGUACCUUAAAUAUAUCACUGUGAAAACACCAGUUGGGGACUACCUGGAGUUUCCAUGUUACAGGUGGAUUACAGAUGAAAAAGAGGUGGUUCUCCGAGAUGGUCGAGCAAAGCUUUUUGAAGAUGAGAAGACUCAAAUCCUUAAGCAUCACAGACGUAAGGAACUGGAAGAACGCCAGAAGUUGUAUAGAUGGGCAGAGUGGCAUCCAGGUUUUCCUUUGAACAUAGAUGCCAAAUCUCAUAAGGAGUUGCCUCGCAACAUCCAAUUUGACAGUGAAAAGGGAGUCGACUUUAUCUUGAACUACACCAAAGCAAUGGAAAAUCUCUAUAUCAACCGUUUCAUGCAUAUGUUCCAAUCUUCCUGGAGUGACUUCGCAGAUUUUGAGAAGAUCUUUGUCAAAAUAAGUAAUACAAUCUCUGAAUAUGUAAUGCAGCACUGGCAAGAAGAUUUUAUGUUUGGAUACCAGUUUCUGAAUGGCUGCAAUCCUGUAUUGAUUAAAAAAUGCAUAGAACUACCAAAGAAGUUCCCAGUGACCACAGAAAUGGUAGAAUACAGUUUGGAGAGAAAUCUAACUCUGGAGCAGGAAAUAAAG